ACACUCGACCCUUCCCAUCAGCUCGCCUAGAUCAAUAUUGCGAAAAGCGCAGAACCGCCAUCCAUCAAGACCGAAGCUCCUCCGUCAUUCGCGGCCCUUACACACACCGUACCGUGCACACACACACAGGCGAACCUUGGCUCACCAUCCCCACUCCACACGUGCACGACCUCCCCUUGCAACCGUGGAACAACCAACCACUCCUCACAGUGGCUCUGUGACGUCUUCUCUUCUUCCUCAAACCUCCUCGCUCCUCUGCUCUUAAACUUCCCACCCCGUCAUCCAAAUGCGACACCCCUUCCACGCAUCCUUCUCUCCAAAAGAAUUCCACUUUACACGUCCCCCAUCCACGCCCGCGCGCGUGCACAUGACACAUCCACCACCAUUGCACGUCUCAAGUGGUCAGAGGCGACGUCCGCAAGUGGGCCCGCUAAACCGCUCCGGGGCACGCGAAGCCGGAAAGAACACUGCUCGCACUGCACGCGACUCAAAUUUUUUUUUCUGGUGGUGGUUUUGCUUUGCUGGGACGGGUCGAGCACGGUGCAGGUGCAGGUGGGUGGGGUACGGGAUCAAACUCUUCUCUUGCGCAGCGGAAGGGCUGGGCUUGCCGGGGCCGGAACGCGGAACGCACGAAGAAACUGUCGUUCUUAUAAGACAGGGCUCACACGUCGAUUGUUGGAGCUACUUACAAUUCACUGCGAAUGCCCGGGUCACUUUACUCUUGCGAUGAGCAGCUUGUGCUGUAUGUGCAGCGGCAUCACGGCUGUUCUAGUGCACACGGGCUCCGGUAAAUGUGGCUUCAAAUUCGUCAUGACUAGCUAAUCU